GGUAUGGCCAGUCUACCGGAACUCGAGGUAUGGGUGAUCAUCACCGCAGUUGUCCUGGCUCAAACCCUUCCGAAGAUGGACCGGGACGGGGCACUGGGUGUGGUGGUUGCACCCUACUGGACCGGGACGGGGCACCGGGUGUGGUGGUUGCACCCUACUGGACCGGGACGGGGCACCGGGUGUGGUGGUUGCACCCCACUGGAUCGGGACGGGGCACCGGGUGUGGUGGUUGCACCCCACUGGCCCGGGACGAGACACCGGGUGAGGUGGUUGCACCCUACUGGACCGGGACGGGGCACCGGGUGAGGUGGUUGCACCCUACUGGACCGGGACGGGGCACCGGGUGUAGUGGUUGCACCCUACUGGACCGGGACGGGGCACCGGGUGUGGUGGUUGCACCCUACUGGCCAACCAAGGUUUGGUUCCCGAUGUUGAUCCGCCUUCUGAUCGAAGAUCCCUUGAUCCUUCCCAGAGGAGAAUCCCUUCUUCGCCUAGUGCAACAGCCAGCAGAGAUUCACCUGAUGCACAGGGCACUGCAGUUAAUGGUGUGCCACUUGUCAGGAAAUCCUUGUGCGAGAGACACCUAUCUCGGAACGCUAGAGAAAUCAGCAAGUGUUGGAGGAAAGGCACACCUUACAAGGUGGGAAAUUUAUUGUGAUUCAAGGCAGAUUAAUCUGUUUACACUAUGUCUAGAGGAUGGGAUUAACUUUCUAGCAGAUCUAGCAUAUGAUGGAUUGGGCUAUAGUGCAGUGAAUACAGCCCGCAGUGCUUUAUCUUCAGUGAUAUCACUCCCUGAUGGUGUUUCAUUUGGAGAACAUUUCUUGGUUAAAAAACUUUUAAAAGGAGUUUUUGAAAUGAAACCGUCUCUUCCCCGCCAUGGUUUAAUUUGGGAUGUGGAUAUUGUUUUAAAUCAUCAUCAUUUUGAGUCUCCAGCUGUGAAACUCGGCCUCAAAGAGUUAACCCUCAAGACAGUGAUGUUGUUAGCUUUAUUGACUGGACAAAGGUGUCAAACAUUUCAUUCUUUGGAAAUCAACAGUAUGCAAACAUCUGCCUCAACGUGUGUGUUUCAUGUGAACGCUAGAACCAACACUUUCAGUAAAAAUAACAAGAAAUCGGUUGAGACAACCACACCAAAAUUUUGUGAUUUUAUGUUAUCUUCAGUUAAACCGAAGCAUUAAGUGCAUUUGAGGCUACAAGUGAGUUUAUCAAUAACAUUGCACUUUAUGUCUGUAAUACAUCAGAUUGUGAAUUCGAUGUAACAAGUGUUACUUUGUUCUUGCAAUUACACAGUUUUAACACAA